GCUAGAGUCAUACCACGUUCGGGCGAGAUCGGCACACGACUCGUAACGUGGCUAAGCUACUAGAGUGCAGGUGCGCUGUCUCUCCUCUCAUCGAAGUUUCUGCAUUGAAACGUCAAACUAGGAACUGUGCGGGUCAUUGUUUACAUUUUCCUUUCACUUAAUUGAUUAGUAGGCGUUCUAAGCGGGAAAAACUGUGAUAAUUUGUUUUUGGCAAAUAUGAUGGCCAGUGAAAAGGAAAGUGAUGGAGUGAAAGGGGAACAGAAGAACCAGAAAAAUGGCGAGAAAGUGAGCACGAUCAAAUUGGCAGGAACGAAAGUGGAUCACAAUUGGUGGAUUUUGUUCGGUGUGAUUUUGGUACUGUCGGUGGGAACGAGAUUCCACAAUGUAACCCUACCGGAUCAUGUAUGCUGGGAUGAGACACACUUUGGCAAGAUGGGCAGCUGGUACAUCAAUAGGACGUUCUUUUUCGAUGUACACCCACCGUUGGGCAAAAUGCUGAUCGGGCUGUCGGGAUACUUGACCGGUUACGACGGGAAGUACCCGUUCGAUAAGCCAGGGGACAAGUACAACGGGACGGCUUACGAGGGGAUGAGAAUGUUCUGCACCGCCCUGGGAGCGGCCGUCGUACCGAUGUCCUUCCACACCGUCUGGGACAUGACGGGAUCCCUAACCGCGUCUACGUUCGCCGCAGCCUACAUACUGUUCGACAUCGGAAUGUUAAUCCUAAAUCGGUACAUUCUGCUGGAUCCACCGUUGAUAUUUUUCAUGACCGCUUCCGUGAUGGGAAUGGCACGUGUAACGAAGCUGACCCGAACGGCCCGCAGCUUCACCCCGGCUUGGUGGAGCUGGCUUAGUUUCACCGGUGCUAUGCUGGCCUGUACGACUAGCGUAAAAUUUGUCGGACUGUUCGUUGUACUGCUGGUGGGAUUGCAUACCGCUAGCGAUCUCUGGGACGUGCUUGGCGAUCUAACCAAACCGAUUUCCUACACCGUGAAACAACUGCUGGCACGAACAGUGACCCUUAUCGUGCUGCCCGUGUUCCUGUAUGCAACCUUCUUCUACAUUCAUCUGCUUGUUUUAAACCAGAGCGGCACCGGGGAUGGAUUCUACAGUUCCGGGUUUCAAUCGAACCUGGUAGGAAACUCGCUCUACAACGUUUCGAUGCCCCGCCAGGUGGCUUACGGUGCGGUAGUUACUCUUAAAAAUCACAAAACAGGCGGCGGAUAUCUUCACUCCCAUAAUCACCUGUACCCGAAAGGAUUCGGCGCCCGCCAGCAGCAGGUAACAACGUACAGUCACAAGGACGAUAACAACAAGUGGUUGCUGAAGCCGCACAACAAGCAAAGCUUCGAUGAUGUCACACUGCUGAAGCACGGCGAUUUGGUUCGCUUGGAGCACAUUUCGACCAGGCGAAAUAUUCAUUCACAUCGGGAACAGGCACCCGUUACGAAAAAGCACAUGCAAGUAACGUGUUAUGGUGAGGAAGGACAAGGGGACACCAACGAUGUCUGGCAGGUGCAGAUUAUCGGUGGGAAGGACGGUGACGUCGUAGAAACCGUAACCAGUCGGUUGAUUUUCUACCACUACAUCGAACGGUGCGUGUUGACGACGACGGCCAAACAACUGCCCAAGUGGGGUUUCGAACAGCAGGAAGUGACGUGCAAUCCGAAUAUUCGGGACAAAAGUGCCGUUUGGAAUGUCGAGGAUAAUCAGUAUGAGCAGCUUCCGAGUGUCAAUUUUCAAGUGUACGCUCCCGGAUUUAUAAGCCGCUUUUUUGAAUCACACGCGGUCAUGCUGCAGGGGAACUCGGGGUUGAAGCCGAAAGAAGGGGAAGUGACAAGUCGGCCAUGGCAGUGGCCUAUAAACUAUAGGGGGCAAUUUUUCUCCGGAUCAGAGCACCGCGUCUAUCUGCUGGGCAAUCCAAUUAUCUGGUGGAGUAACUUGGUCUUUUUGGCACUAUUUCUUGCGGUGUUUCUAAUUGAGGUCAUUAAGUAUCAGCGAAAUUCAGCGUUGCCCCGGACCGUAGCCGGAUCAUCUGUUGGCGAUGAUGGAAGUGAUAACGACUUUCAUUCCGACAAACUGUUGGAAAUUAUUUUGACAUCACUUUUUUUAAUGUUCAAUUUUACAGAAUUCAAAUGGCGAUCGCUAAGGGCCUCAGUGUGGCUCUUCGGAGGAUGGCUCCUGCACUACCUGCCGUUCUACGCGAUGGGUCGUGUUUUGUAUUUCCAUCACUACUUCCCAGCGUUGGUGUUCAAUAUGAUGCUAGCAGGUGUAAUGCUGGACUAUCUAACCGGAAAGCUACCCGCCUGGAUCCGGCAAACCGUUCUGGGAGCUGCCCUUGCCGCACUGGUGUACAGUUUCGUCCUAUUUUCACCGCUAGCGUACGGAAUGAACGGACCGUUUUCUCACGAGCCCAACUCGACGCUGGCAGGACUCAAAUGGAUGGAUACUUGGGAAUUCUGAAGGCAAACCCGAACGCCCCCGAUUGUCCGUUUGUAUGGAUAAAUUGAAAAUGUAUAUGUUUGUGCUUCGCUUGCCGAUACUUUGCCCAUCAGUGUUUAUUUACCGAAGGUAUACUCGAAGAAAGUUGAUCCUAUAUUGUAGAAUAUAUCGAAAGGCAAGAUGAUAAAAUGCAGUGCAAUUGUUACCCUAUCAUUUAUUGAUUAUAUGAUAACUCCUAGGUUGAAAUGAUUAAUGCAGGAUGUCUGGUGAGUGUCAAUAAAUGUUGUGGAGUGAAAUUCAAUAAAUUUUAGUUAUGGACCUUG